CCUUUUUUUUAAUUUCUUGGGGUUUCUGCAUCCAAACGGAUUGGGAUUUGAGAGGGCUUGUGUUUGGUGAGGGUUUUGGAUUUCGAUUUCUCUUCCAUGGCGAAGAAGAGGAAAUCCGACGCGAGUCGUUUGGACGAAGUCGAUCGGACCAUGUAUACGACCUUCUGCAGUGCCGCGAAUUCGCUCUCACAGCUCUACACGCAGGCUAUGAACCAGCAGAAGCUUGCAUUCCAGGCAGGCGAGCGGCACGGAAUGGAGAAACUUUACCAGUGGAUUUUGAGGCAACAUGAGGAAGGAUCAAGAGUGUCAGGAGCCGACUUAGUUGCUUAUAUUCAGAACGAGCUCGAUUAUGGCGGAGAGGACACAUCAAUGUCCCCCAGAUUGCAAUCUCAACACCAACAUUCCCAACCCCCCACACAAUCCACAAAUUCGACCAUCCAAGCAUCUUCCGGCUCGUUUGGGCAGGCCAUAGCUGGACAGGGCCCGCUCUCCUGGCAAUCUGAUCAAACCAAGAAUUCGGUCUUCUCAAAUGCUCUCUCCAGCCCCAUUCGUCACAGCCUCCAACCCUUUCACUUAGCCCAGGGUGGUUAUUACCCAAAUAAUGUUUUGCCUGCUGGAAACGGAUCGGUGCGGAAUCAGGAAAUCAAUGCCCCUCAUCAGACCCGGGAUUCCAACUUCCUAAAUUCCAACGAUGCAUCCAUGGACAUGCAUGCAGAAAGCCCCACUCAUGAAUCUUAUUGAUGAUAAAAUAGCAGGCCAUCAAACAGUUGCUGCCAUCCGUUGGUGCGUAUAUUCUUAAGAGCCUCUGCAAUUCUAUUUUCAUUGUUUUCUCUGCAACUCCAACCCAAAAGCAAUAUCUGGAAAAAGAAAAAGAAAGAAAAAAGUUGCUACUCAUGGAAAUAAUCAAGCAGUGCCCAUGUCUUGGUGGAGCUUCCAAAUGAAACAGAGUCACAACAUGGUGACUACAAAUCAUCCGUCGAUUUGUCAGAGGUCCAUUCCUGUGAUGGUAGGUUUGAUAUUGUCGACAGUUUCUAGACGGCAGUUUUUCUUUUUUUCUUUAACCCUCUCCUCCUAUUUAUAUAUUGAAAUGUGUUGCUGCUACUGAGAGUGGAAGACACUGUAGGUAGUAAUUUGUUCUUCUUUUUUUCUUUUUUCUUUUUGCGGACUGGCUUUGCUCUUCAUAUAGACAUGUUGUGUAUAUGCUGUUUUAUGUUUGCUUGCUUAUAUAUACAUGGAUGUGGUGUAUAUGCUAUCUCGUGUUUGCUUGCAUUUCAUGUAAAUGGAUUCGCUGCAUAUGCUCGUGUUUGUUAAUGCAUAUAUACAUGUAUGUGGUGUA